UGGAAUUACUAAUAUGUCAUUAAAUCAUUUUAUCUAAUUAGCUUCAUAAACAUAGAACUAUUUAAUUUUAUAGACACAAUGUUACAUGCAUAGAAAAAUGUGGUUAAAAUAAGAGCUGUCUUCACAAGGUACCACCUGAAAUAAGAUGUCUCGUUUAGAAGCUAAGAAGUCAUCAUUGUGUAAAAGUGAACCACUGACAAGUGAGAGAGUCCGGGCCACACUUUGUGUCUUGAAAGGCAUCGUAACAUCAUGCUAUGGCCCUUCAGGUCGUCUGAAGCAGCUGCACAACGGCCUUGGAGGAUAUGUGUGCACAACUUCACAGUCCUCUGCCCUGCUUGGUAACCUUUCAGUCACCCAUCCCAUAUUAAAGAUCCUGACAACUUCCAUACAGAAUCAUGUGUCAUGCUUCAGUGAUUGUGGCUUAUUCACAGCCAUUCUUUGCUGCAACUUGAUUGAAAAUAUUCAAAGAAUAGGCCUGACACCCACCACUGUCAUUAAAUUAAACAAACAAAUUUUGAGUCUCUGCACCAAUUAUCUCAAGUCUCAGGCCUGUGGUUGUCGAAUCUCGGUGGACUUUAGUAGUACUCAGAUCCUCCUCUGUUUGGUGCGCAGUAUAUUAACAAGUAAGCCUGCCUGUAUGCUCACCAGAAAGGAAGUAGAUCAUAUCAGUGCUUUGAUUCUGAAGGCCUUUUUGCUUACAAUUCCAGAAAACUCUGAAGACCAUAUCAUUUUAGGAAAGAGUAUAAUUGUACCUUUAAAGGGUCAGAGAGUUAUAGAUUCUACUGUAUUACCUGGAAUACUCAUUGAAAUAUCAGAAGUUCAGUUAAUGAAGAUAUUACCUAUCAAAAAAUCAAGUGCCCUCAGAGUGGCACUCUUUCAUGUAUCUUUAUCCGGAGAUCUUUCUGACACUGGAGAAGGAACUGUGGUGGUCAGUUACGGAGUUUCUCUUGAACAUGCAAUCCUGGACCAGCUGCUUAACCUAGGAAGGCAGCUAGUUAGUGACCAUGUAGAUCUUGUCCUAUGCCAAAAAGUUAUACACCCAUCUUUGAAACAGUUUCUCAGUAGACAUCAUGUUAUUGCCAUAGACAGAGUUGGAGUGACUCUGAUGGAACCCCUUACUAAAGUGACAGGAACACAUCCUAUUGGUUCCCUGGGCUCAAUAUCUCCUAGUAGUUAUGGUAGCGUGAAGAAUUUGUGCUCUGCAAAAUUUGGCUCCAAGCAUUUUUUUCAUCUUAUUCCUCAUGAAACAACUAUCUGCAGCUUGCUUCUCUGCAACAGAAGUGACACUGCCUGGGAUGAGCUGAAGCUCACAUGUCAAACGGCACUGCAUGUCUUGCAGUUAACAAUCAAGGAACCAUGGGUUUUGUUGGGAGGUGGCUGUACUGAAACUCAUUUGGCUGCAUAUAUCAGACACAAGACUCAUAACGAGCCAGAAAGCAUUCUCAAAGAUAAUGGGUGUACUCAAAUGGAACUUCAACUAAUUGCUGAAGCAUUCUGCAGUGCUCUGGAAUCUCUCGCUGGCUCUUUAGAACAUGAUGGAGGUGAAAUUCUCACUGACAUGAAGUAUGGACACUUUUGGUCCAUUCAGGCAGAUUCUCUCUCUGUUGUUAACUGGCCAGAUUUGCUUUCACAGUGUGGCUGUGGAUUAUAUAGUAGCCAGGAAGAACUCAGCUGGUCUUUCCUAAGAAGCACGCAUCAUCCUUUUGCGCCACAAACCUGCCUUCCACAUGAAGCUGUGGGCUCAGCUAGCAGCCUGACCGUGGACUGUUUGACUGCUAAGCUUAGUGGCCUACAGGUGGCUGUAGAGACAGCCAAUUUGAUUUUGGAUCUUUCAUAUGUUAUUGAAGAUAAAAACUGAUAUAAGAGAAUAGCAGAUUUAAACUACUCAGUGGCAAUGAAGAAAAACAAUGAGUUAUUUGUUGUCUCCUAAAGGCCUAUUUGCAUAUUUGGACAGAUGAUUUCAUAAAAUUACAGAUCUACUUAAAUAAGGAAAAAAAGCAGGGGCCGAGCCCGUGGCGCACUUGGUAGAGUGCUGUGCUGGGAGCGCGGCGACUCUCCCGCCGCGGGUUCGGAUCCCAUAUAGGAACGGCCAGUUCGCUCACUGGCUGAGUGCUGGUCACGAAAAAGACAAAAAAAAAAAAAAAAAGAAAAAAAGCAUGAUUCUUGUGUAGAAAUGCCAUAGAAUAAUAAAAAUAUGAAGCAUCGUUAUUAAAGAUAUUGUAGUUAUCUUAGGGAUUCCAUAGUG